GGGGGGCAGGCUCGAUUUCCGUAAUUUUGAGAAGAUUUUUUUUUCGUAAUUUUUUAUUCUGCCCCAGCUGAUGUUUGAGCCAGCAUGUCGCGGAGGAAACAGGCGAAGCCGCAGCAUUUCCAGUCCGACCCCGAGCUGGCCUCGAGAGCUCAACGCAAUGGAGACACACAGAAGGGUCAACCAAAUCGAACCACCAAGACAAAGGAUGCCCACGUCUGUGGUAGAUGUUGUGCAGAGUUCUUUGAACUAUCAGAUCUGCUCCAACACAAGAAGACCUGUACUAAAAACCAACUGGUUUUAAUUGUGAAUGAAAACCCUGUUUCUCCUUCUGAAGCCUUCCCCCCUAGCUCCCCCAGCGAUCAUCCUGAUGAACAGAAGAACAACAUAGUUAAUAACGUGGAUCAAGUAGAAUGCAGCAAACUUUCUGAGCAAAACAACAAACUUGACAAGGAAGAAACCAUGGACAUAGAGCCUUCCAGCAUUAGCAAAAGCACUAGCAGUACUUCCCAGAAGGUCAACCAUAGUAUUGCAAACAGUAACUGCUCCGCAAAGGGUACCUCAGCUCUUACAACCUCUCUACCUCAACUGGGGGAUCUGACAAUGCUGGGCAAUUUCUCAAUGAUCAACAGCAACGUCAUCAUUGAGAACCUUCAGAGCACGAAAGUAGCAGUGGCGCAGUUCUCCCAGGAAGCCCGUUGCAACGGCACCUCAACAAGCAAGCUGGCCGUCCCUGCCCUCAUGGAGCAACUGUUGGCUUUGCAACAGCAACAGAUCCAUCAGUUGCAACUGAUUGAACAAAUUCGUCACCAAAUAUUAUUGCUGGCUUCCCAGAACGCAGACCAGCCAACGUCUCCUAACCCGUCUCCAAGUACAUUACGAACAUCUGCCAACCCCUUGUCGACGUUAAGUUCCCAUUUAUCCCAGCAGCUGGCUGCAGCGGCUGGAUUGGCACAAAGCCUCGCUAGCCAGUCUGCCAGCAUUGGUGGUAUGAAACAUCUACCCCCUCUACAGCUACCUCAGAGCAACCCUGGCAACACUACGAUUCCAUCCAGUAGCGGCUUAUCUCCAAAUAUUAGCCUAGUUACCGCUGCAAUUACGACAUCAUCUUCCGACAAAGUGACUACAAAUGCUGGUGGCCCACAGCUUGGCAAUCCACCAGUGACCGUGUCGUCAUUGCCAGCUUUUGCAAUAAGCAGUUUAUUAAGCCCUGUAUCGAAUCCUCUUCUACCUCAACCCACUCCUAGCAACUCUGUGUUCUCCAAUCCUUUAUCCAAUCUUGGAACACCCGCAGAGGACUUAAACUCGUUGUCUGCUUUGGCCCAGCAGAGAAAAAACAAGCCACCCAAUCUAGCCACUUUUGAAACGAAAAGUAAUUCCGACGAAGCAUUCUUUAAGCAUAAGUGCAGGUUCUGUGCAAAAGUGUUUGGGAGCGACAGUGCCUUGCAGAUCCAUUUGCGUUCUCAUACUGGGGAGAGGCCAUUCAAAUGCAACAUCUGUGGAAACCGGUUUUCCACCAAGGGGAAUUUAAAAGUCCACUUCCAACGACAUAAGGAAAAAUACCCUCACAUUCAGAUGAACCCAUACCCAGUGCCAGAGCAUUUAGACAACAUUCCCACAAGUACAGGUAUCCCGUAUGGAAUGUCCAUACCACCAGAGAAACCAGUAACCAGCUGGUUGGACAACAAGCCGGUGUUAUCAACUUUGACCACAUCUGUUGGCCUGCCACUUCCACCCACAAUUCCAAGCUUGGCUCCUUUUAUCAAAACAGAGGAGCCUCAGCCUGUUCCUAUUAGUCAACCUUCAUCUAGUCCCCCAAGUUCUGUCAAAAGUGACUCUGGCUCCAUUGAUCCUGCUGGGAAAAAUUCCAGUGGGCAUCUGGCAGAAGGGGAAAUGGGUGCUUUGCUGUCCUCCAGUGACAAGCCAGAAGAAAGCACGUCAAUGCCCGGUGCCUCUACUAAUGUUAACCAUCCUGUAACCUCCCCAGCAGCAGAUUCAGAUUCCAGCAACAUGAUUGCUUUUACCAAUCCACUGAUGCCUCUUAUGUCAGACCAAUUUAAGGCCAAGUUUCCAUUUGGAGGACUGCUGGAUGCAACACCAGCCUCUGAGACCUCAAAACUGCAACAGCUUGUAGAAAACAUUGACAAAAAGGCAAGCGAUCCAAACGAGUGUCUCAUUUGCCAUCGAGUGCUCAGUUGCCAGAGCGCUCUGAAAAUGCACUACCGCACGCAUACUGGUGAAAGGCCGUUUAAGUGCAAGAUCUGUGGCCGCGCCUUCACUACAAAAGGCAAUCUAAAGACCCAUUAUAGUGUUCACCGUGCCAUGCCACCAUUAAGAGUGCAACAUUCCUGCCCCAUCUGCCAGAAGAAGUUCACCAAUGCAGUUGUGCUACAACAGCAUAUCAGGAUGCACAUGGGAGGCCAGAUCCCUAAUACACCUGUGACUGAGAACUAUCCUGAGUCAAUGGAAUCUGAUACAGGCUCUUUUGAUGAGAAGAACUUUGAUGAUCUGGAUAACUUCUCUGAUGAGAACAUGGAAGACUGUCCUGAUAGUAGUGUACCAGAUACACCUAAAUCUGCAGAUGCAUCCCAAGAUAGUUUAUCUUCUUCCCCAUUGCCACCAGAAAUAUCAAGUAUUGCUGCUUUAGAAAAUCAGAUGAAGAUGAUCAAUGCAGGGCUAGCUGAGCAGCUCCAAGCGAGUUUAAAAUCUGUGGAAAAUGGAUCAGUGGAAGGGGACGUUAUGACGAAUGAUUCUUCAUCUGUUGGCGGUGAUAUGGAAAGUCAAAGUGCUGGAAGUCCUGCCAUUUCAGAGUCUACCUCUUCCAUGCAGGCCUUGUCCCCAUCAAACAGCACAACUGAUUUCUACAAAUCACCGGGCAUUGAAGACAAACCACUAAGGACUUUAUCGAAUGACUUUGCCAAUGGUUGGCCCAUAGCCCUUGCUGAUGGCGGUGCUUUGGACUUGACAUCAGGCAAUCCAGAAAAAAUGAUGAAGGAAGAGUCGCUGAGCAUGCUGUUUCCUUUCCGUGACAGAGGCAAACUUAAAAACACGGCGUGUGACAUUUGUGGCAAAACGUUUGCUUGUCAGAGUGCCUUGGAUAUUCAUUACAGAAGUCAUACCAAAGAGAGACCAUUUAUUUGCACAGUCUGCAAUCGUGGCUUUUCCACAAAGGGUAAUUUGAAGCAGCAUAUGUUGACACAUCAGAUGCGAGAUCUACCAUCACAGCUCUUUGAACCCAAUUCCAACCUCGGCCCCACUCAGAACUCUUCAUCCGCAAUACCUGCAAAUUCUCUCGCAUCCCUUAUAAAGACCGAGGUCAAUGGUUUUGUACAUGGCUCUCCUCAGGACAACAAAGAGACACUGCCCGGCUUGCUUCCUCCCGGACCCCUGCCUCCUUCAGCUACAUCACCGGUCUUACUUCCGGCCCUGCCCCGGAGGACGCCCAAACAGCACUACUGCAACACCUGUGGAAAAACGUUUUCAUCCUCCAGUGCUUUGCAGAUCCAUGAAAGGACCCACACGGGAGAGAAGCCUUUCGCCUGCACAAUUUGUGGAAGAGCUUUCACAACAAAGGGCAACCUUAAGGUGCAUAUGGGAACUCACAUGUGGAACAGCACCCCUGCCAGGCGAGGCAGACGGCUCUCAGUGGACGGCCCCAUGACUUUCCUUGGAAGCAAUCCAGUCAAAUUUCCAGACAUGUUUCCAAAAGAUUUGGCCAUGAGGUCAGGAAAUGGUGACCCUUCUACCUUCUGGAAUCAAUACGCUGCUGCCCUCUCCAAUGGUUUGGCAAUGAAGACCAAUGAGAUUUCAGUGAUUCAGAAUGGUGGCAUCCCGCCCGUUCCUGGAAGCCUGGGCAACGGCAGCAGCUCCCCCAUUAGUGGUUUGACAGGCAGCCUGGAGAAGCUCCAGGAUUCGGAACCUAACGCGCCUCUAGCUGGUCUGGAGAAGAUGGCAGGCAGUGAAAACGGGACCAGCUUCCGGUUAACCCGCUUUGUGGAGGACAGCAAAGAGAUUGUAACAAGUUAGGACACAGGUUACGAAUACUUGUGCAGUUCUUGCAACUGAAAGUGGGCGGGGGGGUUGUGUCGGGCUUUUUGUUUGUUUGUUUGUUUGUUUUUGGCAAAUCAACAAAACAGAAACAUUAAAAAGACAUCCUUUUGUACCUGUUCGACAUCUAGAGUUCUAAAACAGCUUAUUUAUUAGUGAUAUAACUUUUUGGUUUGCUGGCUUUGCAGGGAAAUGCAAGCAUUAACUUUGGUCUUCUGUAAGUUGAACUAAAUACUAAUUGACUAGAGUGCUGUAACAUUUAUAGCAACGCAAGUCUGUUUGGCUGGACGGUCUCGUUCUGGCAUUUUAACUUAUUUUCUCCUUCCAGUUUAACACAAACCUUUUGGUGGUCAUGCAGUGCCUCCAGAAAACAUCUCUUCCACACUCACUCACUCUCUCGCACGUGUAACAAACGUAUGUAUAUGUGUGUACUUCGAUCCCAAUGGAAAUUUUUAUUGGCAAAUAUAUUGUUUAAUUCCACAACCAGAUUUGCGCCGAGGAUUGAAAAUGGACCGGAUAAAAAUUGAAUUAUUAUGCAUCCUUCACCACAGGCUCUGGUUUUCGUUGGUUUUGUUGAAAAUUUUCACUCUACAAUGAUUAAAUUGGCUAUUAUUAAUUAUUAUUAUUAUUAUUAUUAUUAUUAUUAUUAUUAUUAUUAGGUAGAUUUAUUUUGUCCCCUUUCAGAACUGUCCUUUUUGUAUUGUGCUUUUUACUGGAGUCGUCUUAGAUGUUAAUGCGUUUCUGUACAGUAAAUAAGCACGGAGAUUAUUAGAGAAAAUCCAGAAGUGUUGUUUUGCUAGUUUGGAACCCUUUGCCUUGUAGGUAUAUUAUUAAAAGAGAAAAGUGCUGGACUUUGUGCUGCUAAGAUAUCUCAAACCACCUUCCAUGGACAAAAUUAGAUAUUCUUGUACAUAUGAUGAGAAAUAUCAAGUUCAUUAAAAUGUACAUAUGUUCUCAA